CAUCCCGCGAGGGCUGGCAAGCAAACCCGUCCAGUUGCCCUAAGAAUGAAACCGCGGGCUCACCCGCCCACGCUCCGGCGGCCGCCCACGAUUUUCCCCUCCUCCCACACCGGGCAGCGUCUCUCGCUCCGACCGCCUUUAUUUCGCCAAUGACGCCGGCUCUCCCCUCCUACACGCCGAUUCCUUUCCACCAUGGCUGCGCCGGCGCCGCCGACCACAAGCUCCAAGCCGCCCCUCCCCCCGCGCCUCGCCGUGCCGCUCGCCCUCGCGCUCCUCCUCGCUCUCGCAUUCGUUGUCGACUUCCUCUCCUAUUCCUCCGCCAUCAGCCCGGCCUUCUCCCCCUCUUCCAAGACGGUAAAGGAGGGUAAUAAUAAUGACGAUACGAAGCUUCGCAAUGGAUCACCGACGGUGAGGCACCUCAACGCCACGUUCUCAGACCUGCCGGCGCCGCACUGGGACUGGGAGGAGAUGCCGCCGGCGCCCGUUCCCCGGCUUGACGGGGCGUCCGUGCAGAUCGGGGACCUCCUCUACGUCGUCGCAGGGUACGGGAGCCUCGACCAUGUCCAUUCUCAUGUGGAUGUGUACAAUUUCACUUCUAACACAUGGACUGGAAGGUUUGAUAUGCCCAAGAAGAUGUCAAAUUCACAUUUAGGGAUGGCCUCAGAUGGGAGAUAUAUCUAUGCAGUGUCUGGACAAUUUGGUCCACAGUGUCGGCCAGCUGUGAGCCGUAAUUUUGUUCUAGACACAAAGUUAAGGAAGUGGGACGAAUUACCUCCUUUACCUGUUCCUAGGUAUGCACCAGCUACUCAACUUUGGCGUGGGCGGCUUCAUGUGAUGGGUGGUGGCAAAGAAGACCGCCAUGAACCUGGAUUAGAGCACUGGAGCCUUGCUGUGAAGAAUGGCAAAGCAUUGGAGAAUGAGUGGCGAGCUGAAAUACCGAUACCACGUGGUGGACCUCAUAGGGCAUGUGUUGUUGCUAAUGACAAACUCUUUGUAAUUGGUGGUCAAGAGGGAGACUUCAUGCCUAAACCAGGGUCACCUAUUUUUAAAUGCGCAAGGAGGCAUGAGGUUGUUUAUGGUGAUGUGUAUAUGCUGGACAAUGAAGCUAAAUGGAAGCAACUGUCUCCAAUGCCAAAGCCAGAUUCCCACAUAGAAUUUGCAUGGGUCGUUGUUAAUAACUCCAUAGUAAUUGUUGGCGGAACUACCGAGAAGCACCCUAUCACCAAAAAGAUGAUUCUUGUUGGUGAAGUCUUCCGGUUUGAUUUGGAAACAUUGAAAUGGUCAGUCAUUGGUCGUAUGCCUUUCCGGAUCAAGACAGCCUUAGCUGGUUACUGGGAUGGGUGGCUCUAUUUCACUUCUGGGCAGAGGGAUAGGGGACCUGAUAAUCCAACUCCUAAGAAAGUUGUUGGUUCUAUGUGGAGAACGAAACUGCACGUCUAGUGUCCAAUGUUUGAACCAGAGGUUUCUGUAUAUUCUUAACCUCCUCUCUCCGUCCCAAAAUAAGUGUUCUCCCUCCGUAAACUAAUAUAAGAGCGUUUAGAUCACUAAAGUAAUAUAAGAGCGUUUAGAUCACUACUUUAGUGAUCUAAACGCUCUUAUAUUAGUGUACAGAGGGAGUACUAAAGUUAGUACAAAGUUGAGACACUUAUUUUGGGACGGAGGGAGUAUAUGUGUUCCCAUUUUCGAGCAGCUAGAGUUCCUACGAGCUGACUUGUAUUCUGCUUCACCAUUGUGAAUACUGUAUUCCUAUCUUGAGUAUCACUACAAAUCUGAAUUUCUAGGAAACCGGCUUCAAAUUUGGCAGAGGAUUUUAGCCUUGUAAGUAGUUCUGAGUUAUGCAGAAAUUCCUUGUGGAUCA